AAUAAUGAAUGAAAACAUAAAGAAUAACAACAGACCACAGAGAGCUGAACGAGUACCAAGUCUUCGACUGGCUAACGGUCGCAUUAGCUAUGAGAUGACCUCAGAAGAAGAGAUCAGGUCACCUUGCAGUUUGCAAGAGACAGAAUCCAUCAAAAUAAAUGUGGAGAACACGGACUCGCUGGUUACAGCAGCCGGAGAUGAUGAUGAUCCACCACUUAUUAGUGAUUAUAUUACAUCCGAGAUGAAUUUCAAAGAUGGGUGGCCAGGUACUAGUGUUGGGGGAGAGGGUACAAACACUACGAGAGAGGGGGUUACCGAGAAGGACGACACUAGCCUAUAUGGAACUCCCAUAGAAGAGCUAGGACCGGCGCUGGUUGAGGCUAAAGCAUCUUUUAUGCGGAACCAGCUAGAGGCGCUCUUUCACCCAUCCGAUAACAAGCUCGCCAUGAAACUCUUUGGAAACAAGAAAGCUUUGAUGAAAGAACGCAUCAGGCAGCGAGAUGCUGGGCAUUGGGUCAUCCACCCGUGUUCCAAGUUCAGAUUCUACUGGGACCUGUGUAUGCUGUUCUUCCUAGUUGCCAAUCUGAUUGUUCUUCCUGUAGCUAUCUCAUUCUUCAAUGAUGACCUGUCUGCCCGAUGGAUUGCCUUCAACUGUCUCUCUGAUACAAUCUUCCUUCUAGACAUCAUCGUCAACUUUAGAACGGGUAUAAUGAAACAGGAUGUGUGUGAACAAGUGAUACUCGACCCAAAGUUAAUAGCUAAGCACUAUGUAAGGACUUGGUUUUUUCUUGAUCUCAUUAGUUCAAUACCAUUGGAUUACAUUUUUCUCAUCUUCAACCCAGACUACAGGGAUAAGUUUCAGAUUCUACAUGCCGGCCGUGCCCUACGAAUACUGCGGCUAGUCAAGAUGCUCAGUUUACUCAGGUUGUUACGGUUAUCACGGUUGGUGAGAUAUGUCAGCCAAUGGGAAGAAGUAUACAUGGCUUCCUUGGCAUCCUUGACCUUUCGAACAGGAAUCGUCACAUAUCUUUUUGAAACCUGCGGUGAACCCUGCGUCUGGAAGUUCAUCAGCAUGGCGAGUGUCUUCUUGAAGAUUUUCAACCUUAUAUGCAUGAUGUUACUGAUUGGACAUUGGAGUGGCUGUCUCCAGUUUCUUGUGCCGAUGUUACAGGAAUUUCCUUCUAAUUCUUGGGUAGCUAUCAAUGAGCUUCAAGAUGUUUAUUGGUUCGAGCAAUAUUCCUGGGCAUUGUUCAAAGCCAUGUCACACAUGCUAUGUAUUGGGUAUGGCCGGUUUCCUCCACAAAGCCUUACUGACAUGUGGCUUACUCUAUUGAGCAUGAUCAGUGGUGCCAUCUGCUAUGCUCUCUUCUUAGGUCACACAACCAAUCUCAUCCAAUCCUUGGAUUCAUCUCGGCGUCAAUACAGAGAAAAGUUAAAACAAGUGGAAGAAUAUAUGGCAUAUCGUAGGCUACCACGUGAUCUUCGACAUCGAAUCACUGACUACUUUGAGUAUAGAUACCAUGGAAAGUACUUCAAUGAAGAUGCCAUCCUGGGGGAACUUUCUGAAAAGUUGAGAGAGGACGUUAUAAACUUCAACUGUCGAUCCCUGGUUGCUUCAGUACCUUUCUUUGCAAAUUCAGAUCCAAAUUUUGUGAAUGAUGUUGUGACUAAGCUUGAAUAUGAAGUCUUCCAACCAGGUGACUUCAUUAUCAAGGAAGGAACACUGGGAACAAAAAUGUAUUUCAUUCAAGAGGGAAUAGUAGAUAUUGUCAUGGCAAAUGGUGAAGUGGCCACAAGUCUGUCAGAUGGAUCUUAUUUUGGGG